CGGCGGCGGCAGAAGCGGAGCAGGUGCGCUGAGGAAAGGACGGACGGACGGAGGGAGCGCAGGCAGGCAGGGAAGGAAGGAUGGAGGCCGGGCGCGGAGCGGAGCCCGCCCGGCAGCGGAGGAGCGGGCGGCCCGGGCACCACCCCCGGCGGAGGAGCCCCGAGCCGCCCCCGGAGAGACACCCCGAGGCCCCGCCGCCGCCGCCCCGGGUCCUCCCGCCCUGCGCCCCGCUCCCGCCCGCCGCCUGCCCGGCCUUCCCGCCCUCGCUCGCCCUCUUCCUCCUGGCCGCCGCCGCCGCCGCCUCCAUGCUGCCCACAGGUGACGGACAGAACUUGGUGACCGAAGACGUGACUGUGGUCGAAGGGGAGGUGGCCACCAUCAGCUGCAGAGUCAAGAACAGCGAUGACUCCGUGAUCCAGCUCUUGAAUCCCAACAGACAGACGAUUUAUUUCAGAGACUUCAGGCCUUUGAAGGACAGCAGAUUCCAGCUAGUGAACUUCUCCAGCAGCGAGCUCAGGGUCUCGCUCACCAACGUCUCCAUCUCGGACGAAGGAAGAUACUUCUGCCAACUCUACACGGAUCCCCCGCAAGAAUACUACAUGACCAUUACUGUGCUGGUUCCUCCGCGCAACUUAAGGAUUGAAUCCCAGAAGGAGACCAUCAUGGAGGGAGAAGAGGUUGAGCUGAAUUGCACCGCAAUGGCCAGCAGACCAGCCACGACGAUCAGAUGGUUCAAAGGGAGCAAGGAGCUAUCUGCAGGCAAAACAGAAGUGGAGCAGUGGUCAGACAUGUUCACAGUGACCAGCCAGCUUUCACUGAAGGUCAAACGAGAGGACGACGGGGUCCCGGUUAUCUGUCAGGUAGACCACCCUGCCGUCAAAGACUUGCAGACCAAGUACUACCUAGACGUAAUGUAUAAGCCCGAAGUCCAAGUCUUGCAAAACUCCCCCGCUCAGCCGCUCACAAGAGAAGGGGACCUCCUCGACCUCCUUUGCCAAGUGAAGGGCAAACCCGAGCCUCUGGAUGUGACGUGGAUCCGGGUCGACGACGAGAUGCCCCAACACGUUCUAGUGUCCGGAUCGAACCUCCACAUCGAGAGCCUCAACAAGAGCGACAACGGCACCUACCGCUGCGAGGCCUCCAAUGAAGUGGGCACCUCCUUCUCCGAUUACGUCCUUUACGUCUACGAUUCCCCCACAACACUCCCUCCACCCACAACAACCACCUUCACUACCAUCCCUACCACCACUACCACCACCACCACCGCCACAGACACAACGGCGGAGACAGAACCGGCGGUUCACGGCAUUACUCAGUUGCCCAAUUCCGCUGAAGAACUGGACUAUGGGGAUCUCUCAGAUUCCCGGGCAGGUGAGGAAAGCGCCAUCACCGCCGUGGACCACGCAGUGAUCGGUGGCGUUGUCGCCGUCGUAGUCUUUGCGAUGCUCUGCCUGCUGAUCAUUCUGGGCCGAUACUUUGCAAGACACAAAGGUACCUACUUCACCCAUGAAGCCAAAGGAGCCGACGACGCGGCCGACGCCGACACCGCCAUCAUCAACGCCGAGGGGGGACAGAACAACUCCGAAGAGAAGAAAGAGUACUUCAUUUGAGGUCUCUCUUGGUUUCAAAGAGGCGCCCGCUCGUGGCGGACGACCGAGAGACAGGCCCCGCGUAGAAGAUCAAAAGACAGUGAUGUUGGAAGUUGCUACCAGCUUAUGGCUCUUUUAAUUUUGUCUCUUUCUGUCUCUCUUCUUCCCCCGACCCUUCCCCUUGAUUUCUUUUAUCCCACCCCCCACCUUUUUUUAUUUUUGGUUCCAGUGCUGUUAAUUUUGAGAAACAAAACCGAAAUGGCUGGCAAAGUGUGUCUGUGUCGCAGAAUCGAGGCACCCUCCUUCCCCCCCUUUGUGUAAAAAAGCGUUCUCUGUAAAGUACACUCUCCCUUGUCUUGGGGUUUUCUAAAUUACUCGACCCGAGUCGUCCAGCUUGGAUUUAGUUUAGUCCUACCAUUUUGCAGAAAAAAAGAGAAUAUAGAUAUAUUUCCGUGCCUUCUUUUAUUUGGUCUUUCGCGGGGGAGGCGUGGAGAGCAAACGGUUCCCAUUCCCUUCGUAGUCUCUCUUGGAAAUUGCCUGCCUGUUGGGAUCCCUUGAAAAUAUAUAUAUUUCGUUUUUAUUUCCCCUAACUUUCGGUCAUCCCUCUCCCCCAAUGUUUUAUCUCCGGGUUAAGGGUUUUUUUUAAUAUAUUUGUUUUGUUUCUGUUGUCGUUGUUGGAAAACUGUGUCAUCCAAGAAGAACCAGCACACCUUAGAUCUCAUCCGUUUGCAAUUCAGUGUAACCAUCAAUCCAUCCAACUCCCUUGUCAUAUGAAAACUUGGAAGAAGAAACUUUUUUCGGGAGAAUGGGGGGCAGAUGUCCAGGGUUUUCCAAGGCGAAACAAUGGGCCGGAUUGGGGAUCGGAGAGGGGGGACCCCAUAUUUUGAUUUCAGGGUUCGUCGGCGAGCGAAACAAGUCCCCCCACCCCGUUAUUGAAUCUGCUUUUAUCGCCUUAUCAUCCCUUAUCCAUUCUGUCCGGACGGGGGCCACCACGACAUCCCGUCCCCCCCUUGACUCCAUGAUGGAUUGGGACUGGCCCUUUUGGGACAAAGGAAGCCAUUUCGAGUUGUCACCGGAAGGAAAAGUUAGGGCGGGAGGGAGCGAAAGUGGGGGGGGGGGAGGACGUUCCGCUCUAAUUAUUUCCGUUCCAAACGAUCCCAUCAGCGGCUCCCAACCGGCCUCACGUUUACUGUAAUUUGCUGGAAAUAAAAACUCAACACAAACCUUUGUGAUGUGAAAAGAAUGUGAAUCGGCCAACGUCUGUUGUCGUUCUUGUUCUUAAUUUCCCCCUUUGCUUUGCCCCCUUCUUCUUCUUGUUCUUCUCCCCCCAUUUUGGGCAUUCGCUUUGUUAAAGAGGUCACGGGGAGAAGUCCUGAUUGCAGCCAGCAAGUCAUGUACAUUUACAGGUAUUUGUCCCGCUGAGAAAUCCAGCAUGAAACUUUCCACGCCGUUGGAUUUGACUUGGCAAAAGGCAGGAGGGGGGGAGACGGCGUUUGUUUUCAUGCUGAACCGCUCUGUAUCUCCGUUCAGAGAAAGGUCAGAGAAAGAAGCCUUAGUUUCCACUAACUUUAUCCAAACUCAGUAGUAUAACUCCUUCUGUUUUUGCUCCCGUUGGCUUUGUUUUGCUUCCAUUUCCCUGACUCUAUACCUUCUGUUCCCGCAACUUUGGCAAGGAGAAGUCCUAGUGGGUGCAUCUACACUGCUAAAUUAAUGCAGUUUGACACUUAAUAGCAAUGACUCAUUGCUAUGGGAUCUUGAGCAUUGCAGUGUAACAAUCUUCUCUUCCGAAAGGACUGGUUUCUCCCCAAAUGACGAUUCCCAUGAUCCCGUUGCAUUGAGCUAAGGAGAUCAAAGUAGUGACAAAGUUUAUCUAUUUACAAAAUUUAUAUUCCGCCCUUUUAUAAAGGGGAUUCAAGGCGGAUCACAGAAUACAUAUAUGGCAAACAUUCAGUGCCGUUAUACGCAGACAGGACAGAUAGAGGUAUAUAGGCAUUUCCCAUCUUCGGCAACCCGGAGGUUUUGCUCGAUUCCGGCCACAGAAUUAAUUAAGUUCAUUAAUUCUGCAGCGUAGAUGCAAACUAAAACCCAGCUGACCUGGGGGAUCUCGGGAGCGGACAGAACUAGAAUUAUACAGCGCCCAAUCCCUUGUUUUGUUUUUCUUUUCCUGGGGAGGGAAAUUAUAUUUAUUGCUUUUUUAUUUCCUCUCCUUUCUUUUUAUCCCACCUUAAGAGGGACUCGAGGCAUCUUUAAAGAACCCCCACCUCUUGUAAAGCCAACCCUUUUUCGAAUCUUGGACCCAAUUGGGAAGACGAUGAGACUUUGGAGGAAGGGUUGAUUCCGUUGGCUGAUUCACAGGGAAGGAAGCACUUUGACUGAAGUCUUGACUCACUGGGGGAGCAAGAAAGAGCAAUCACCUCUAGCGUCCGUUCGUUUUGCUUCUUAUUAUAUUUUUUUUAGGGAAAAGGCUUUUAAAAUAUAUAUUUAUUUUUUAAAUUAUUGGCAGAAUGGUUUAGACCAGGCAUGGGCCAAUUUGGGCUCUUCAGAUGUUUUGGACUUGGACUCCCACAACGUGGGUAUGCAGAUGAUCCCUUGAUUGACUGAAGUGUCCAGUUCCAGGAGAACAAAGACAUGGGCCAACUUGGAUCCUCUGGUUGUUUUGGACUUGGACUCCCAUAACGUGGGUAUGCAGAUGAUCCCUUGAUUGACUGAGGUGUCCAAUUCCAAGAGGACAAAGGCAUGGGCCAAUUUGGGCCCUCCAGGUGUUUUGGACUUGGACUCCCACAACGUGGCUAUGCAGAUGAUCCCUUGAUUGACUGAAGCAUCCAGUUCCAAGAGGACAAAGGCAUGGGCCAACUUGGAUCCUCUGGUUGUUUUGGACUUCAACUCCCACAACAUGAGUAUGCAGAUGAUCCCUUGAUUGAUUGAGGUGUCCAGUUUCAAGAGGACAAAGGCAUGGGCCAACUUGGACCCUUUGGUUGUUAUGGACUUCAACUCCCACAACGUGGGUAUGCAGAUGAUCCCUUGAUUGAUUGAGAUGUCCAAUUCUAAGAGGACAAAGGCAUGGGCCAACUUGGGCCAUCCCUCCAGAUGUUUUGGAUUUCAACGUUGACAAUUCCUAACAGCCUCAGUCGAAGUCCAAAACACCUGGAAGGCCCAAGGUGGACCAUGCCUUUGUUCUCUUGGAACUGGACACUUCAGUCACCCAAGGAAUCAUCUACAUGUCCACGUUGUGAGAGUCCAAGUCCAAAACACCCUCAGGGCUCAAGUCUGCCCAUGACUUUGUCCUCUUGGAACUGGACACUUCAGUCACCCAAGGAAUCAUCUACAUGUCCACGUUGUGGGAGUCCAAGUCCAAAACACCCUCAGGGCUCAGGUUUGCCCAUUCCUGGUUUAUCUUUGCGGUUCCUUUUGCCCUUGGGUUGGAUCAGGGGAACGCUCCAACGCUUGCCUUUCCUCCCCGUUUCCCACCUUGGAAACCAUGAGAAAUCCCUUCCCGGCCUUCCUUUGGGACGAAACGAAAUAUCGGUGUGUUUUCGGACCGAGAUGGCGGAAGGGUCUUUGGGGGGGAAGGGGUUCGUCUUUUUUCUACGCAUCGACCGCCCGAAACCGACAUCCCGUUUUCCCUGAGCAGUUAGUUCAUCUUCGUUUCCGGAAGUGUGCAGUAGUGCGGUGUUUUAUUCCCGAUAAUGUAACUUUUCGACUUUUAAAUAAUGUUUGACAUGUCUCAGGUUCAUGUGUUUUUGGAUUGGUGUGUUCCGUCUCAGGUAGAUUGCGAAAACCUUUUUUUCGGCCCCACUCUCAACGUCGGACGAGAACGAGCCACCGCGCCAGGAAGGAAUAAUAACUUUUAACGGCUUUUUUAUUUUUAGUUGCGUACGGAGUCUAAAAGGGGAACUUUUCGGCUCCUGCAAAGUAUACCGUGCACUGUUUGAAAUGUAUUGUUAGGUAUUGAUUUGUACAGGUUUAGAUUACAAAAAGGGGUUUUUCUGUUUUGUUUUGUUUUUUAGUUCAGAGCGGAGAAAGAACAAACUUGUUUCUUGGGCUUUUAUGGUUUUGAGUUUUCUUUUGUUUUGUUGACAAAAAAAGAAAGAAAGAAACCCGUUGGAAAGCGAAAGCGAAGGGUGCAUAAUUGAUGCCAAAUAAGCUUGUUCUUUUCUCCCCGUUUUUCUUCUCUUGUUUUUCCCACGUUUCUUUUUUUCUUCCCGCCCCGCUUCCCACCACUUUAGGCCGGUUCUGUUUUAAGAUGUCCAUGGAUGAUGUUGCAGUGUAAGAAAACGCAUAUCCAUCUCUUCCCAUUCACAUUUUGUAUUGGUUCAUGUAUACCAUUUUUACAAAGAGGAGAAAAAAAAAGAAGUACUAUAAAGUUAUCUGUCUUCUUAAUAAAAAGAAAUUAAUGUUACAAAACUA